CUCCACCGCUCAGUCUGAACUCGGGUUCACUCAGUCCACGACCGCUUGCCACGAGACUUCGAUCUCCAGGACCUCGGCAGUUCAGCAGUGUCGCACCGCGGGAGGUUCACCAGGCUCUUGAAGAAUCCGGAAAGAGCAGCAACGAGCAGCGAGCACAAUGGCGGCUUUCGUGGCGAAGCAGAUGGUCGGGAACAAACUGAAUGCCGUUAAAGGCGCGGUAGGUAGCGACGGCGGUGAUGAAGAUGAUAAGGAGAAGGAAGAGGAGGCAGAGAGGGAGAGGCAGGAGGCCAUCAGAGAAGCCGAGGAGAGACGGAAGGAGAAGCAUCGCAAAAUGGAAGAGGAGAGGGAGAAGAUGCGGCAAGAGAUCAGAGAUAAGUAUAACAUAAAGAAACGAGAGGAGGUCCAAGAGAUGCCGCAGGAGGAGCCAAACCCAUUGAUGCGCAAGAAGAAGACCCCGGAGGAAUUGGCGGCCGAAGCCGAAGCGGAAGACGAAGACGAUUUUACGAAACUGAAGAACACGAUAGAGACACAGGUGAACGAGAUUAAGUCCCAGAUCGAAAGUAGAUGCAGUCUCCAAUGAGUUCGCACGGCUGCUGAGCGAUGGAUGACGACGACACCACGUGUCAUAGUGAAAGUCGUCACCGUGACUCGGCCAUCACUAUCGGACGAGUUCAUCAGCGUCAUCGUAGCAUCGUCGUAUCGUGUCAUCACGGACGUCCAGGUGGCGAAAGCGUCGAGGAGGAUUACGAGAAACUGAUACAGAGAUCCUGCCCGCUCACGUCCUCGAAUCGUCGUCAUGGAUUCACGUCAUUGCUCCUAGCAUCGUUAUACACCUACUUUGUGCACCUUUGUUAGUCAACUCGCAUCCGUAGCCAACUUCAGUGACUUCAAAGACUCUCCAAGGAUGACCUCGUCAAGAACCAGAAUUACGAGCAUCAGCGUCUUCUCAUCCAAGAACUUUCCCCUUGUGUCAUAAGGAGUGGUUAAGGAUUUACCGUAUCUUCGUUGUUUAUUUUUAUCCGACGACAUUAAAGAACGAAAAUUCAUGCUUCUACGCAGUGAAAAACAACGUCCUGUGCCAGACACGCUAUCUGUGCGUGGAUCCGGGACAUUCAAACGCGUCGAGUCGCAGAUGGCGCUGACUGUAGAGUAGAGUAAAGUAGAUAGACCAAGUGGGGAGACGUUGGAGCAAGGGGAAAAAUAAACAUCGAAUAAAAAAAUGUUCUUUAUUUAUGCACUCGCGCGUAAUAAGGACGAAUUUCUGAAAAAUCUACGAUUUCAGUCCCAGCGUGUAUACUGUACGUGCGAGCGGGCGAUAAUCAGAAUCUGGACCGGGAAUUGAGGAAGGAACGGGAAAGGAUCCAGAAUGGGGAUAACCGAAGGAGAAAUAACGGAGGCAGAUGGGAAUACGUGGAAUAUUCUUUAAGCAAGACUGCAACUGACGAUGGGGGGACGUUUCAAUGGAGUUGAACAAUUUUUCAAGGCGCCUCUCUGUAGCAAGCCUCAAAUGCUGCUUACUCGUCACUCUCGUCGUAUAGAGAAGUAUUGAGAAAUUGCGUGAACAAUAACGACGAGCGGAAGCUGUAAGAAAGACUUAUAGAAUGUUUCUACGAGUUAACGAGGAAAAAAGGUAGAAGAAUGACGUUGAACAAUAACGUGUAGAAGAAUUGUGCAACUUGAUCAUCAAAAUCAUUGUGCCGUUAAGAGUCGUUGUCACUUGGUAGAAAUUCAUUUACGCCAUUGUGAACAGCAAUCUUGUCUGGAGCAGCUGUGAAAGAACGCAAGAGGACGUGUAACACGGAGAGAAGAAAAAAAAGGAAGAGACGUGACUCGUUAAAGGGAGAAUUAACGCGAGUGAGGUGAGAGAAUGCAUGCGUGUUAUGUAUGUCGAUAGCGGGGAAAGAAAGAGAUAAAAGAGAAAAGGAUACGAGAAAAAUAAAAAUACAAUUUCUGUCUGGCGAGUUAAAAAAGAUAUGGGUAAAUCGCAUUAGCGAAAAUGGCGCUGGAGCUUUUUUUUUUUUUUUUUUUAGAAAAACCUCCCCAUCGCGGCAGGAUAUAAACGAACGUGUAUUGGUUAAAAAAAAAGCACGUAGCCGCAGAUAGAAAAAAGAGAGAGAGAGAGAGAGAA